GAAAAACUGAAGUUAGCUUAGUUUAGAGACGCUCACUCAGCUAACCAAACAAUAACUGAGAGCAUUUUUCAAGUUCACGACACAGAGACAUACACUUUCGUUAACACCGAAAUGGGACCGCCCGGAUGCAUUCUCAACACGUUUUCAGGAGGAAUACAGGCCUUUUACUUCCAAGAAAGCAGUACCUUUUAGUCCACCUACAGCAGCCCAGGUGGACCACAAAGACUUGAGGCACAUCAAGGAGUACCGGACAGACGCAAAGGAGUCCUACCAUGCUCACAAAUUGCCACAAAUCACCCGCAUCCCAGCCUGGACCAUGCUACAGACUAACUUCAAGAUGCAAACCAACCCUGGGGAGGAGGCUUUCCUCACCACACAGUCCCAGAAAUUCUGCCUCCAGCCUUUCCAGCCCCCUCCCUCUCCUAUCCGACAGAUAGAAACCCCCAAGGUGAUCCAGCAUGCAGAAAAGCUGCCAGAAAGCACCAACCAAGCCUCCUACACACCACACAUUUGCUGUCCUGUUUUAAAAGCCUCAGCCAAACAUCUGGCAGAGGGCUUUCCCACGAUCAAAGGGGACAGGCGCCAUCAAAGUUUGCUCUCCCAGUACAAGAACAGCUUCUUGGGAGCCUGGAGCAGAGCAGCUGUGCCUGUGGAAAAGCACUCCGGAGUGGCUAUGGGAGACCCUGUGAACAUCGUAGAGAGAGAGACGACCCACGCUGCGUCAUUCAGCCGGCCCACUGGCUGCAGCCCACCUGUGCUGACGACGGAGCGUUUGAAGCUCAGCCUUGGAAGUUUCUCUCCGAUAUGGUCGUCCACAACCAGAGAAGCCUUCCCUCACUACAAGAUUGAAGAUCCAGUUGUUGUGACAAAGAGGAACGAAAAUUACAGUUCCUUGCCCAAAGGGGACACCGAUACCCGCCGCGACAAAGAGAGGAUGUCUGUCACGACCAACAGAACCUCUUUCUAUGAUCUGAGCCUAACAGCGCUUCCAGUUCAUGUACCCGGAACUGACCUGAUGACCAAGAGCCACGUGCAGUUCGGCCCAUCCCGUCUGUCGAGCAUGUGCUACUCGACCACGGCCAAAGAAAACUUCAGCAAACAGGAUGGAGAGCGGGCCAGACCAGCCAUCCCGCUGCCCAGCAACAUACUGAGUGGCGCAGAACGUGACUUGAACCCCAGCACCACCAAGUGUGAUUACCUCCCUGUGAAGGCCAGCAGACGGACACCUUUUCCGUCACAGCAGAGGAGCCACCUCAGGUUCCCGCUGGCCCAUCAGUACUUCCGCACCAUCCACAGUGAAGAGUACACUGCCAAACCGUUUGUCUUCCAGCGUCCCUGCCUCAGCCAGUUAACCACCAAUUUUGUCAUACAGUAACUGAGAAACACACCUUGGUGCUCUUGUGCUCUUCUGUACUUUUUUGUCGAUUAAUAAUCAUAGUUUUAACUCAAAAUCACACUGUUCAAAUGGGCAUGUACACAAUAAAA